CCACUGGUCAGACCAUACGAGAGUCGCGUGCCGACCGACGCUUCAAGUUUUUUGGCUCUCUUUGUUGCCAUCUUCUGACAACCAUGAGCUAGCGUCCUAUUAUCGACCCUGCGGGGGACAUUCGAGGUCGCAGGAGACUCUGCUGUUAGCGGGGGUCGGUGGAGUAUCCGGGGAAUCUCAAGGGACCAACCCCCCGCCAAGUACCACAACACACUCCACCACCUUUCAGAGGGACCUUGGGUGACCGUAAAGAUGGAGACGUCCCGGGCCAUCAACAGGUGCUGAUCCUUCGGGCCUCCCGUGCCAUUCGUAGAGUGUCAGCAGCUGCUCUUUAGAGGUGUGUCCAACUGGCAACCCAGUGGCCUAUUCCCUGAUUUCAACCUCUCUGCUCAACAAGCCUCUCGGUGAGGAUCCGGACACAGCUGAGGACACGUCGAGAACGACGAGACUUCACUGGUCGGCCAAGAGGGCCCGAGAGGUUCUCUCUCUCUCUCUCUCUCUUGAUAACCAAGGGUUCUUGUCGAGCACCACCUUGGCCGUAUCUUGGCACACAAUCCAUGUCAUGAUGAACCGAAUCCGUAGCGGUGCAGCCUUCUUGAAGCAGUUCGCCGGCUCCACACAUCUGACGCUGGGCACGGCGCGUUGUGUCUGUAUAUAUCGACGUCGGCGUUUCCUGUCCGGCGUCAGUUGAUCUCCAGAUCUCUCAUUCUUCAAACUUGCAAGGUCAGACCAACGACAAGCGGUCCCACUCUCCCCGCAAAGCUGCAGGCAUCAAAGCCUUGCUGCUGGAAGGCGCUGCACCUCCUACCCUCCCGCCGCCUGCCCGUCUUGGAGAUCAACGCGACUUGGAGGGAAGCCCUUGUUUCUGCGCUGUCUCUCGCUUAUCAACAGACGCCGUCUAAUACCUCCUCCAGCUUUAGAAGACCAACUUCCUCUCUGAACCUCUUAGCCUCUCUCCCCUUUUUUUUAUUAUUUUUUUUUAAACUUUCUAUCCUAAAGACCACCUAAGCAGCUCACCUGGCACGGCAUAUCCUUCACCUCUUUAGACCUAGACGCUUGGGAUGGCAAGCAGCUUGGGCGAAUCACCGCAGCGGCGAAAAUGGUUUUCGCGCAAUUCAUCCAAUGGGGAGGGUUCCGUUGAAAAAAAGGGCCCAAGAAGAUGGACGAUGGGAAUCCUGGAAGACAAGGAGACGAUCGAGGUUCCAGGCUCCGUUCUCUUGCUGGCCCCUGAUCACAACGAGCCGCUCGGCUUGAGGAACGCACCCGCAAGAACAUCUCAUUCCUCUAUUCCUGUCGGUGUCCUUCGCCAGGUCACCGAACCACCGCCUCCGGCCGAGGACCCCAAGAAGAAGACCAAGGAUGGGAAAAUCAUCUUAGAUCCUCAGCCUGAUGAUUCGGCCAACGAUCCUCUGAACUGGCCGGUAUGGCGAAGAGACUCUUCGCUUCUCUCUCUCGGGCUCUACUGCCUCGUUGGUGGAGGCAUGACGCCCAUCCUGGCCGCCGGGUUCACCGACGUUGCCAGCGAUUAUGGGGUAGAUGUUCACACCGUCUCCCUCACGACAGGUCUGUACAUGAUGGGUAUGGGUCUGGGCUCCGUUGUGUUCUCUCCAACUGCCAUCUUGUGGGGAAAGCGGCCAGUCUACCUGUUCAGUUCCGUCCUGUUCCUUUUGACUUCGGUUUGGUGUGCCUUGUCACCAAACUUCGCCUCGUUGGUGGUUGCCCGUAUCCUCCAGGGUGUCUCCGUCAGCCCUGUCGAAUGUCUUCCUUCCGCCACCAUUGCCGAAAUCUUCUUCCUUCACGAGCGCGCAUUCCGCAUCGGUAUCUACACUCUGUUGUUGCUCGGUGGGAAGAAUCUGGUUCCUUUGGUCAGCGCUGCCAUUAUUCAAAAGUUGGGAUGGCGAUGGGUAUUUUGGAUCGUUGCCAUCAUCGUCGGGUUCUGCUCGGUCCUCUUGUUUCUUUUUGUCCCCGAAUCUUUCUGGGACCGUGCUCCGCAUCGCAGAAAGAAGUCCAGACCAAACUUCUUCCGCCGCUUCUCCUCGAGACACGAUGUGGCUCACCCGGGGGCUCAUGCCACCCCGGCUGACACGCCUGCUCCGCAAUCACCAAUCACGGAAGCUGUGCCUUCACCCGAGCCUCCGAAAGCCGCGACCAGGGCGCAGGUCGGUUUCGCUCCGGAGCCCGAGUACCUAGAUUCUGAGCCCCGCGAGAGAGCAUCGCAAGACAUCCAACGACCCUCAACUGCCCAAGCCCCUCCUGCGGCUUCAGAGUCGGAAAAGCCGGUCUCCGACGGCCCAGCCUCGAGAACUCCUCACGACACCGAUAGUGAGUCGCUUUCGAGCUCUCGGUCCGGGCGAGAGGCGUACACGACCGUCUUGCGCGGCGCACCCCCGAAAUCUUUUGUUCAGCAGCUCAAACCCUUCAAUGGCCGCCUCAACAAGGACAAGUGGCACAAGGCUGCCGUCCGGCCUCUGAUUCUUCUGUCGUAUCCUGCCGUGUUGUGGUCAUCAAUCGUGUACGCGUGCUCGGUCGGAUGGCUUAUCGUGAUAUCAGAAUCUAUGGCCGUGAUAUACCGAGAGGAAGUCUACGACUUUGACGCCCUUCAGACCGGUCUCGUCUACAUCUCUCCCUUUAUCGGUGGUGUCCUCGGAACUGCCGUGGCAGGCAGAGUCUCGGAUGUCAUUGUGAAGGCGAUGGCGAGACGCAAUGGUGGACUUUACGAACCCGAGUUCAGACUCAUCAUGGCUCUCCCCGUGGCCAUCACCACGGUUAUCGGCCUGAUGGGUUUCGGCUGGUCGGCCGAGGUGAGAGAUCACUGGAUGGUGCCGACGGCAUUCUUUGGCAUAAUUUCCUUUGGGUGCUGUUUGGGAUCAACAACCAGCAUCACCUUCUGCGUCGACAGCUACAGACAGUAUGCCGGCGAGGCCCUUGUCACGCUCAACUUUUGCAAGAACAUCUUCCAUGGUCUUGUUUUCAGUUUGUUCGUCACCGGCUGGCUGAGCUCGGACGGACCCAAGAAGGUGUACAUUUGGAUUGGUGUCAUUCAGCUUAUCCUGCUGCUGUUCACCAUCCCGAUGUAUAUCUAUGGCAAGCGGGCGCGCAUGUGGACGGUGCGGAAGAACUUUAUGGAGAGGUUCUAG